AUGGAAAACACCAAGCUCUUCACGCCCAUCACCGUUGGCGCCACCCCGCUCGGCCACCGCGUCGCCAUGGCGCCGCUGACCCGCUUCCGGGCCACCGACGCCCACGUCCCUACGGACCUGAUGGUGCAGUACUACGCGCAGCGGGCGGCGGUGCCGGGCACGCUGCUGAUCGCCGAGGCUACGGACAUUUCGCCGCGGUCGGGCGGCUACGCCAACACGCCGGGCAUCUGGACCGACGAGCAGUGCGCCGCGUGGAAGAAGGUCACCGACGCCGUCCACGCCCAGGGCAGCAAGAUCUGGGUCCAGCUCUGGGCCUUGGGCCGCACCGCCUACUCGGAGCCCGGCGUCAAGCUCGCCCCCAAGGAUGACGCUUUCGACCUCGAGAAGAACUAUGUCAGCUCCAGCGCUACCCCUAUGAUGCCUGGCUACCCGGCCCCCAGGGCUCUUUCCGAAGACGAUAUCUGGACCUUUGUGAACGACUUCAAGAACGCCGCGAAGAAUGCGGUCGAGAAGGCUGGCUUCGAUGGCGUCGAGCUGCACGGCGCCCACGGCUACCUCAUCGACCAGUUCACCCAAGACACGGCCAACAAGCGCACCGACGCGUGGGGCGGCAGCGUCGAGAACCGCGCCCGCUUCGCCAUCGAGUGCUGCAAGGCCGUGGCGCAGGCCGUCGGCCCCGAGCGCACCUGCAUCCGCCUGAGCCCGUGGAACACGGUGCAGGGCAUGCGCAUGGCCGACCCGAUCCCCCAGUUCACCUACCUGAUCAAGGAGCUGAGCGCCCUCAAGCUGGCCGCCCUCCACCUCGUCGAGCCCCGCGUCCACGGCGUCUUCGACAAGGACCCCAAGGGCGAGACGCUGCAGUUUGCCCUCGAGGCCUGGGGCAAGGACCGCCCGCUGUUCAUCGCCGGUGGCUUCACGCCCGAGCUGGCUAAGCAGGCCGUCGAGUCCACGUACAAGGACUACGACGUCGUCGUCAUCUUCGGCCGCAGGUUCAUCUCCACCCCUGACCUCGUCUACCGCGUCAAGAAGGGCCUCGAGUGGAACGAGUACGACAGGUCCUCCUUCUACAUCUACCAGAAGGAGGGCGGCGACUGCGCAAAGGGCUACGUCGACUACCCCUUCUCCAAGGAGUACAUUAGCGAGUUUGGCAAGCCGGCCGGCACCGACUCGCCCAUGCUGGAUUCCGCGCCCAAGGGCAAGAUCUGA